ACAAAAGCGGAGGCUUGUUUGUGUGUGCGAGGAGGGAGAAACACACUCUGCGACGAGGCGCAUUCCUCUUUUUUCAUGGUGAUGCAAUUCCCUCAAGCUCCCACAUUGCCAUCGCCGCUUCUGUCAAUGCGCGCGGUGUGCUCGCCUCGGCCUCCCGUACAUUAGCUGGAUUCUGCACAUGUCACGGAAAAUUUGAAGUAAAUAGCCUUCGCUAUGUCGACGCGAUCGCGAGAGCCCCAGCGGAUCUCCAAAAGAAUACUCAACCGAUGGGAGACUCUAGUUUAUAGGGCGAAGAUGGAAGCGGAUCGGAGAGCCGUACUGGUGCCUCAAGCGGGAGCGGCCUCUAAUACUACUGUGCCUCAAAGCUUGCAUCAGCAAGCGAAUAUCAGCUCCAUUUUGCAGGCUGCUGAUGAGCUUGCAAAGGAUAAUCGAGAUGUUGGACGAAUCUUGUGCGAGUACGCGUACACGCUGGCACAAGAUCUGGAUCCGAAUAGUGAAGGCAGAGGCGUUUUGCAAUUCAAGACGGGUUUGUUGUCCGUCAUUAAGCAAAAGCGCUCAAAAAAAGGAGUAGAGAGGAUUGAUCGAAGCCAUGAUGUCUCCAUAUUACAAGAUUUCUACAGGAGAUACAGAGAGAGGAAUCAUCUUGACCAACUAGAGGACGAGGACAGGAGGUUUAAGCAAAGUGAUUCCUAUGACGAGGACUCAACAACAACUGAGCAACGGGGUGAGGUUAUAAGGAAAGUAUAUCUUACGGCUAGAAUUCUCAACGAAGUCAUUGAUGCCCUUAUGAAGCAUGAUGAUAGAGUCGAAAAUUUUAAUCCAGAGUUGAAAAGGAUAAUGGAAGAAGAUGCACAGAAGGUUAAAGGUUUCAAGGCCUACAACAUCUUACCACUUGAGACCCCUGGCGUUGCCAAUGUCUUCCAUAAUUUUCCAGAGAUGGUUGGGGCUAAGAGAGCACUUGAGUACAACAGUUCGACGUCAGAGUUGCCUUCUUUUCCGGAGGAAAAUUUUGAGAGGCCAUCGGACAGGGCACUAGACAUCUUCGAUUUUUUACAGUAUGCGUUUGGCUUCCAGACAGACAACGCAGCAAAUCAAAGAGAGCACUUGAUUUUGUUGUUGUCCAACUCACAAUCGCGGUUGGGUGUGCUGGUUGAUAUGGAAGCCAAGCUGGAUGAUGGAGCCAUAAAUCACGUACAUCUCAGCAUGAUGAGCAAUUAUGAGCGGUGGUGCAAGUUUAUAAAAAAAGAGUCCAUGGCAAUGCGUGCCUACUCGAUGCAAUUAAGGUUAUUCCUGACUGCUCUUUAUUUACUUAUCUGGGGAGAAGCUGCUAACUUACGGUUCUUACCAGAGUGUCUGUGUUACAUCUUCCAUCAUAUGGCUGACGAAAUGUACGACCUGCUCGAUGAGCCUGUAGUGAAGAGAUCACGAACAUUCAUUCCUGGUUCAUCUCACUCUUUCUUGGACAAGAUCAUCAAGCCUGUAUAUGAUAUUGUAGCUGCGGAGGCCAAAAUAUGUGCUGGUGGAAAAGCUCCGCAUUCAGCCUGGAGAAACUAUGACGACUUUAAUGAGUUUUUCUGGGCGCCGUCCUGCUUUGAGCUGUCCUGGCCUUGGAGACUUGAGGCAGGUUUCUUUAAAAAGCCCAAGCAAAUAAUUUACUCAGAAGCCGACAGAUACUUGCAGGAGCAAAUACCGGACGAACCAGAAGAACCACUUAUGUUGAGUGAACGGCGGGAAAAAAAAGCUUGGAAAACUCAUUUUGUUGAACAUCGAACUGGUUUUCAUAUUUACCAUAGCUUUCAUCGACUUUGGAUCUUUCUUGUGUGCAUGCUUCAGGGACUGGGUAUCGUUGCUUUUUGUGACCGGAGAUUCACUGUUCGGACUCUGAAGUUAGUGAUGAGUGUUGGCCCUACUUUCGUACUUAUGAAGCUCUUACAAUCUCUGAUGGAUGUUACUUUGAUGAUUGGAGCUUAUCGAAGCACUCGAGCGGGAAAUAUCUCGAGGAUGUUGAUUCGUUUCUUGUGGUUCACUGUCCUCUCAGGGAUCGUAGUCCUGCUAUACGUGAAGACAAUUGAGGAAGAGAACAGUGGAACAGGACGUGACACCUGGUUCAAGGCCUUUUAUUUAGUGAUGGGCAUUUGUGGUGGACUUCAGUUCAUAUUCGCUUUGCUACUACGUGUUCCCUGGUUUCGAAUGCAAGCAGAGAAGUGUUCAAAUUUUUAUGUUGUCCAGUUUAUUGGAUGGGUACAUCAGGAGAGGUACUACGUGGGACGUAAUAUGUACGAGAGAACUCGUGAUUACUUCACUUACACUUUUUUCUGGUUUAUUGUUGGAACUUGCAAGUUCGCCUUCAGCUACUUCUUACAGAUUCAACCUAUGGUAGGCCCGACAAGAACUGUUAUCAGUAUUAAAAACUUCAACUAUCGAUGGAGAGACCUCAUUUCACAAAGUAAUUAUAAUGCCCUUACGUUGGUGGCCAUGUGGGCUCCUGUUGUUAUGAUUUACUUCCUGGAUACACAAGUAUGGUAUAUAGUAAUCUCUGCUUUAGUUGGAGGAUUAGAUGGUGCCAGGAUGCAUCUUGGAGAGAUUCGGUCUCUUGAUAUGUUGCGGUCACGUUUUUCUUCUUUACCGGGAGCAUUUGUCAACAAUCUAUUUCCCUCCAGAAGUGGUGCCCAGUCGCAAAUGGACGUGAAUGUGCCUCUAAGUUCAGUCAAGCCUGGGAAUCCAAAAGUUGAUGCCAUUCGAUUUGCUCCACUCUGGAAUGAAGUCAUUUCCUCCCUGCGCGAGGAAGACCUCAUCAACAACCGCGAAAAAGAUUGGUUAAUGAUGCCUGACAACAAAAUCACUUCUACUUCGUUGGGGCAACAGACGACGUUAGUUCAGUGGCCAUUAUUCCUACUUGCCAAUAAGGUAUAUGAUGCAUUGGACAUCGUACAUGACAACAGGCAGGCUUUCCAAGAUGAGCUUUGGGAUAAAAUCAAGCGCGAUCCGUAUUUGGAAUUUUCUGUUCGAGAGGCAUAUGAGUCUUCACAAACUGUCUUGUGGGACCUAUUAAAUGAAGAUGGCCGUGGGUGGGUCAGAAACAUAUAUCAAGACAUUGAUAAUGCUAUUGAAGCAUCUUGUUUGCUGAGUAAGUUCAAUUUUGGGGAGCUUGGCAAUCUCCUGAUCAGGAUGGCAAAGUUGACAAAUAUUCUGGUCACGGAGACAAAAGUAGAUGAUGAGAAUGGGAAGCAGGAAGAAGAAUCGAAGUUGCAUUACAGUGCAGCUCGGGCAUUAGUAGACUUGUAUGAGGACGUAAUGCGAGAUUUUGUUGUGGACCCAGGACUAAGGACCAUAUAUGAAGCUGAUACCACUUUGCAAAACUCGAAAUUGAAUGGCGUUCUGUUCAAUAAAUUGAACUGGCCCACAGGCCCAGCUAAAGAACGAGUGAGACGACUGCAUUAUAUUUUAUCUAUCAAGGAUUCGGCUUUGAAUGUUCCAGUAAAUUUAGAAGCUCGUCGACGGUUGCAGUUCUUCAGCAACUCCCUGUUUAUGUCAAUGCCUCAGUCACCGCUCGUUCGUAAAAUGAUUUCCUUCAGUGUGUUUACGCCAUAUUUCGAAGAAGAUGUAAUGUACUCUAAGGCUCAACUUGAAAAUGCAAAUGUUGAUGGCAUCACCAUACUAUACUACCUGCAAACUAUUGUUCCAGACGAGUGGAUAAACUUCCUUGAGAGGAUAUUUCCUAAUGUGGAAUACAAUCAGCUGAAUACACUAAGCGAUGCGGAUAUCAUUGGCGAUAAAAUUCUAGAACUACGCCUGUGGGCUUCAUAUCGAGGGCAGACCCUUGCACGAACAGUUCGUGGAAUGAUGUACUAUAAAAGGGCUCUUUUACUGCAAGCACAACAAGAAGGAGCUUCUAUGACAGAAGACGAAGAGGAAGGACAUAUUGUCCAAGGUAAUGAGCUUGCAACAAUCGGUGUGGAAACACCUCGUACGCCAAGAGGAUCUCUUGUGCGAAAUGCAAGAGCUCAGGCGGAGCUUAAGUUUAGCUAUGUUGUUACUGCUCAACUUUAUGGGAAACUGAAGAACAGCGUCAUCAGUGCACAGCAGGAAAAAGCUGCAGAUAUAUUGUAUCUUAUGCAGAAAAAUGAUUCUUUAAGGAUUGCAUACAUCCAUGAAACGAAGGAGAUUGUUGACGGACACCUGGUCACUGAAUACCACUCGAAGCUUGUUAAAGCAGAUCCUAGUGGAAGGGAUGAGGAAAUAUAUUCAAUCAAACUCCCUGGAGAAGUCAAUCUGGGAGAAGGAAAACCAGAGAAUCAGAACCAUGCGAUUGUGUUCACACGAGGGGAGGCCCUUCAGACCAUUGACAUGAAUCAGGAGCAUUACCUAGAGGAAACUCUUAAGAUGCGAAAUCUUCUGGAAGAAUUUGAUUCAAAAAAACAUGGACUUCGUCGCCCUACCAUUCUUGGAGUUCGUGAGCAUGUAUUCACGGGCAGUGUUUCGUCACUGGCAUGGUUUAUGUCCCUGCAGGAGCGGAGCUUUGUCACACUUGGGCAACGAGUCUUGGCAAAGCCACUGAAGGUGAGGAUGCAUUAUGGUCAUCCCGAUGUUUUUGAUCGUAUAUUCCAUAUAACAAGGGGAGGUAUCAGCAAACCUUCAAAACAAAUUAAUCUCAGUGAAGAUAUUUUCGCAGGUUUUAAUUCAACAUUACGACGAGGAAAUAUUACUCACCAUGAAUAUAUUCAGUGCGGAAAGGGACGCGACGUGGGUUUAAACCAGAUCGCGGCUUUUGAAGGCAAAGUUGCUUCUGGAAAUGGAGAACAAUCAAUUAGUCGUGAUAUAUAUCGUUUGGGGCAGCUGUUUGACUUCUUCAGAAUGUGCUCCUUCUUCUUUACUUCCGUUGGUUUUUACUUUACGACAAUGCUGACUGUCUUAACUGUCUACGUGUUUCUGUACGGCAAAGUAUACCUGGCACUCUCGGGUGUUGAUGAGUCCCUCAGAGCGAACGGCUUAUUGGAAAACACAGCAUUGCAAUCAGCUCUGAACACUCAGUUUCUUCUUCAAAUUGGUAUAUUCACAGCUGUGCCUAUCAUAGUCAACUUUAUUCUAGAACAAGGAAUCCUGCAGGCGGUGAUCAGCUUCCUCACCAUGCAGUUUCAAUUGAGUUCCGUAUUCUUUACAUUUUCACUUGGAACUCGGACACACUACUUUGGCCGUACGCUGCUUCAUGGAGGCGCGAAGUACAAAUCAACUGGAAGAGGCUUUGUCGUUGAGCAUAUCCCGUUUGCCGAGAACUACCGUACAUACGCACGGAGUCAUUUUGUAAAAGGAAUGGAGAUUACAAUGCUGUUGAUUGUGUACCUUGUCUAUGGAGCUCACGACCGGAAUACUGCCAGCUACAUUCUCAGCACGUUUAGUAGUUGGUUUCUAGCUCUCUCAUGGUUAUAUGCUCCAUUCAUCUUCAAUCCUUCAGGGUUUGAAUGGCAGAAGACCGUGAAAGACUUUGAAGACUGGACAAACUGGUUAUUUCACAAAGGAGGAAUCGGAGAUGAAGGCAAACAGAGUUGGAUGGUCUGGUGGGACGAGGAGCAAUCUCACAUUCAAACACCCAGAGGACGAUUUUGGGAGAUCCUGUUAAGUUUGCGGUUUUUCAUAUUUCAGUAUGGUGUUGUUUAUGCCCUCAAUGUUUCUGGCAGUAACAAAUCUUUCUGGGUUUACGGAUACUCCUGGGUGGUGAUGCUUUGUGUAUUUGUUUUAUUUAAGAUUUUCACUUUUAGCCAGAAGGCAUCAGCAAACUUCCAGCUUAUUGUAAGGCUAUUUCAAGGCAUUGUGUUCCUGGCUGUUGUUACCGGUGUUAGCGUGGCUGUUGCUCUAACACCGCUCACAGUUGGUGAUGUGUUUGCAAGUCUAUUAGCUCUCAUUCCAACUGGCUGGGGGCUACUCUCUAUCGCCGUUGCAAUGCGCCCUGUCAUCAAGUGGUUUGGGCUUUGGAAAUCAGUGCGCGGAAUAGCUCGACUUUAUGAUGCAGCCAUGGGAAUGAUAUUGUUCAUGCCUAUUGCUUUCUUGUCUUGGUUUCCCUUCGUCUCAACUUUCCAAACACGGCUCGUCUUCAAUCAAGCGUUUAGUCGGGGCCUUGAGAUCAACAUUUUGUUGGCUGGAAACAAUCCUAAUGCUGCUAUUUAGCGGAUAUAAUUUUUCCUUUGUUGUAGCGACUUGUAACCACUAAACUAGCCGAAUUUUCAUUUAGUUCUCAGCAUUAAAACUUGCGUAGGCAGUACAUUGUAUUGAUAUGAAUGUGGACACAGUUUUGAUGUACGUAUACACAUUUUUUGGUGAAAGACGACUGAGUUGUCUUAACACACCACAACGGAUGGAUGUAAUAGAAUUCGCUCACGGCACAAGCUUUGGGUUAGACAGGCGACACGUGUUUUGCGUUGCUGCGUGAUAUAAUGACGCAGAUCGUAUGUUUCAAUGUCACGAUGAAUAUCCGUCUCAUUCACUUCA